AUGCUUUCGUCAUGGUACAGAGCCUACGCCUUCUGCAGCCUAAGUUUGCUGGCUGUAGUGUAUGGAGCCAUACUACAGCCGCAAAUCCCAUCAAUUGCGUCGUUUUCCGAGGUGCAAGGCGAAUUCAAACUGUCGCCCCUCGUCCAGGUCGUUGUGGAUAGCGAAUCUGCGGACCUUGGUUCUCCGUCACUCCUCGACUUCGCACAAACAUUUCAACAAGACCUCAAGGAGGCAGCGCAUUAUGUGGUCGGUGCACCCGUGCGGACUUCUAAGAAGCCACCCACAACGCAUUCGGUCCCGACUAUCUAUCUGAGUGUCGACCCUUCGCUGUCGUUCAGCCUCUACAACGGAGAACCAACGAACGAGGGGUACAACUUCGAGAUCGACACCAACGUAUACACUAUCAGAGCCUCCGCCCCGAUCGGAGUGUGGUGGGGUACACGCACCCUACUCCAGCAAGCAGCGCUGCAACUAGCCCAAGGUAGCAAGAUGGUGUCGUUUCCUGCAGGAAAAGGAUCCGACUCUCCGGGAUGGGAAGUCCGAGGCUUCAUGCUCGACGCUGGAAGACACUGGUUUGAGACGUCCUUCCUAGGUAUAUCUGCUGUAUAUGUUGUACGACUACGACUAACAUGCAUCAAUCCCACAGCCGACCUCUGCAUAUAUGCGUCGUUCUUCAAAAUCAACGAGCUUCACCUUCACGCUUCCGACAACCUAUGGAACCCGACUUCCUCUACGGCGCAGGCAACGAAGGUGGAGCACCUCUACGCCGCUGUGCGCUUCCAGCCCCCGCCCGACUCUCCCAUCAAUGAGAGCUGGUCGGAAGCCGACUUCCGCGCCAUGCAGGCGACCUGCGCCGCGUACGGCGUCGCCCCGGAGCUCAUGGAAGACGGCGCACCCGACCACCUCAACCUCUCCCACCCCGACACCAUCCCCACCGUCAAAGCGAUCUGGGACGAGUUUCUCCCGUGGCGCGACGAGUACGACGCCGCGCUCGCGAAUGACUACAUCGCCUCGAACAAGUCGAUCCGGGUUUGGGGCACGUACGAGCCGAGCACGACGCGCGCCCACUGGGACUUCCCCGGGGACUCCAUUCCCGUCCAACUCCUCGCCGCCGGAUACCGCGUCAUCAACUCCGAGCAGGCCUUCCUCUAUCUCGACGGCAAGACGUCCGAUAGCGGCCAACCUGCUGUGGACCUCCGGCUGGGCCCCAACAUAUUUUCGCUCACGGACCCGUCCAACAACACCGCGCCGGACGCCCCCGGGCUCCGAGGCUCGAUCUUCGCGCUCUGGAGCGACUGGGGCAACAACGCGAGCACCGCGCUCGAGGCGUAUUACCAGCUCUCGCGCUCGACCGCGCUCUUCGCCGAGAAAGCGUGGGCCGGCGCGGGCGUGCGGGCGUCGGCGCUCGACCGCGCGCAGUUCGCCGCCGCGUACCCGCCGCUGAACGCCGCCGCCCCGGGGCAGAACCUCAACCGGGUCGUCGCCCCAGCGCACGCGAACGUCGUGUUCGAGCACGCGGGGGAGGUCCCGGCCGGCGGACUCAGGAUGGGCGUGCCGUCCGUCGGGCCCCCGUACACGCUCGCCUUCGGCGACUCGAAGCUGCAUGCGGCGAACCUGACGUUCGAGGCGACGGGGCAGCUGUACGCGCUCGGGCGGGUGCUCGUGCCGGGGCGGUGGACGGCGGUACGGUGCGGGCGACGCGCGAGCGGACGUGCGCGGUGGUGGACGACGAGGGGAGCGGUGCUGGUACACGCUCAUGGAAUCUGGGGGGAGUACAUGGCGCUGGGCAACAUGUCGUUCGCGGCGCCGAGCGCAGUGAUCGGUGGCGGGGGCUUCCAGGGUAGGAUCAAGGACGUGAAGCUCACGUUGGGAGGUAAGAUGUGGAUUGACGGUGUUCAUAAUGUACGAUAG